AUGACGACUAACUAUUUAGUGCCAAACACUAAACCGAUUAAUGGAAAUGUGUUUCAUUCAUUCGAAAAGAUAAAUGAAAUAUUUGCAAAGAAUGACGGUAGAAGAUAUUAUAGAGAACUUGAAAGUUCAUGCUAUGACUCUGAUGCUCCAUAUUUUGAUGAUAAACAAACUCAUUUAAGAAUUACAAAUCCGGCUCAUGAUGUGAACCAAUUAGGUGACACAUAUAUUAAACGCAAAGUUAAAGCAACUCUAGUUUCAAAUAAAGCUUUCACAUGUGAUGCCGCUUUUAAAUGCAUGCGUUUAUUCGUUGGUUAUAAAUCAUCAAAUCAAAGCUUUAAGCAAUUAGAAGUAGAAACCGAAAGAGGUGAUGCUGGUUAUCUUCAGAUGGAUUGCGCCCGUGAAUCUUUCGCAUUUGCAACAUAUAAACCAAAAUCAGAAAGGAAAGUUAAAAAGUUUGUUCAUUCGUUAUAUAAUAAUGUUCAAAAAUAUGAUAACUCAGUAUGUGGUAAAUAUAUUGACCCUUCAGAAGUUUUCACUAAAGCAAAUGAAGAAGUUGAUAUCACUUUUGAUAUGAUUAUUCCAGUAAAUGAUUUGUUAGCAUUUCAGGCGUUCGAUGAUUAUCCUAAAUCAUUUGGUGAAAUCAUUCUUAAAUAUUAUGUUUUCA